AUAGCAGAGAUAAGGAGUGAGUUAUCUGUUGAUCGUGCCUUUGUGGGCUUUACUUUGGACCGCUGGAGUGAUCUCUGGCAUAGUUCCCUGGCAUUUCUCAUGCCUUGCUGCGCACUUGUGAACGAGGCUUCGACACUCCAGAGCUGCACUGCUCUUGCCUCCCGUAAGGGUUUCCUUGUAUUUUCCUUUAUCCCCUCUCUUGGAAAAAAGGGGAAAAUAUGUGCAGAGAAAAAGAAUUGGGAGCCUUUAAGGUGUUUUAUAUGACAUUAUUCUAGGAGGGAAAAAAAUAUCAAGCCAGUCAAGGGAAGGAAAGAAGAAGAAGAGAUUCUGUGGCGCAGUUCCCCUCCUAACUCUGUGUCACUUGUACUCUUGUGGAUAACCUGACGCCACAUGGCGGUCCAAUUUUCUCUCCGGAGACACAGGGGCAGGCUGUCCACCCUCUUCUUGGCGAUGGUGCUGGCCGGGGUUGGGGCUUGGGCAGCACCUGUGGAUGGGACUAUAGCACCUGUGGAUGGGGCUAUAGUCUGUGAGGAUACUGCCAGUGUGCUGAAGGAGAGGGACGGGAGUGACAAGCUGCCUCCGGACUUCAUGGUAAAAUGCACAGCGUGGACCUUUUUCAGAAUGAAGAUGAUGGGCGACGUGCGGACAGUGCGCUUCAAACCAUCCUACAAAGGAGAGAUGGGCGAAUACUGCUGGUCAAGGCACAUCAGCUGCAGCACAGGAGAGAGCCUGACGCACGUCUACGUCGUCAUGCCAACACACGCAUCAGUUCUGAGCGGCACAGAAGGGCCCACACUCAGCGUUGUCUCAGCCUCACACAGAGACAUACUGAAGCCGAGCCGAGGAGAGGCGCUGCUCCCAGACAAAUGCGGCCUACGCUAUGAUGUCCUGGAAUAUUUCAACAAAGGCGGGCAGGAGGCCACGCUCUGCCUCAAGAUGGAUGCCCCAGCAGACAUCCUGGAGGAAGACCUAAGAUGCCCACCUUUCCUCGUGUCCAUCUGGCUCCCUGCGGUCAGCCUCAGCGACGGGGAUUCUGGGUCUUAAAAGCCAUUUAGUCAACACUUAUACGGUGUAUAUGUUAGCUAAAUCUUGUCUAUAAGGACAUCAUCUUCAGGUCAAAGUGGCUUGCUGUCAUUCUUUGUGUAGCCUAAGACAGGGGUUCUCAAACUAUUUUGGGCUGGGGACCCCUAAUGGAGGAGAGCAUUUGGCAAGGUCCCCCUCAUAAUCACACCACAAUUUAUACUUACACAUUUUUUUUCUAAUUUUAAUUUCAAUGCAAAUUGUUUGAAAUAAUCAUUAAAGCAAAUUAAAGCAAAAGUGCCUAUGCAGGAACAGGUUAAUUUUGUUUAAAUGUAAUGUGGGCAACUGUGUUUCCCUUACAGUAGUACUACAUGGUGCUUUCACAUUUUCGUGUAUUGCAAUGGAACAAAGUUUUUUCACGCACUCCUUGACAAUGUAUCACAGACCCCUAGGGGUUCUUGGACCCCUACUUUGAGAACCACUGGCCUAAGAAAGAAUUUGGAGAUCUACUGCAUGGCUGCAGAAUACACCUGAUAAACAGCUUUUAUAAUCAGAACUAAUAUGUAAAUAGAAUAUACAGCAUUUUUCUUUACAAGGACCUGUCAAGACCACGGACUGUCAUGAGAAGACUUUUUUUUUUUUAAGUGCAAGUGGUUCUCAGAUACAGGUCUGAAAGGUUUUGGCAGAAACUGUUUUUACUACAUGGACUGCACACCUAGACGAAUCCAAAUUAUUAUAUGGAGCAGUAUAUGGAGCGCGCAUUUCUGCCUUGUAGCUUAUUCGAUGAAAACGAGGAAGGGGCCACUGUUAUUGCAUGCAGGGGCGUAGCUAAACCUAUUUUACUGGGUCACGUGCCUGGGUAUUGAUUUGCUGUGUCCCGGUAUGAGUUUCAAAAAACAACCUAGCUACCUUGGAAUUUCGCUCAAAUACAAAAUAGUGCACAUGCACUUCUUGCCAUUAUAUAAUUAAUUUACAAGCUUUUAAGAUAAAUAACUGCAAAAAUGUUUUGCUUGCGCGCUCACAUUAUCUCUUGGUGCCCUACUGUGCCCUUGUAUAGCAUUGGGGCAGCUGACGACCCUGACUGCAUGUGCCAUAUAAGAAUAGCAUAGCCCACAUAUGAACCAUUUUGAAAGACUUAUGUAGCAGUGUAUCUUUUACGUAUUGAUAAUACGGUUAGAAAAGUCAUCAGUGAGGCUGCUAGGAACUUAUUUCGCUGAUGAAUCAACAUGACAUGCUUGUAAAAGCAACACAAACUUUUAAACACGUUUCCAAAAUAUUUUCAGUGGUUUAUCAUUUCAGGAUAAAUGAUAAUAUAUAUCUACAUGGACUAUAUAUAUAGGCCUAUAUAUUGUAUGUAGCCACACAAGAGUGAAUGGGAGUAGUAGGCCUUCUCUUUGUAUUUUGAAUGACAAUUACAUUUAUAACAAGUAGAGCAAAGACAAAGAAAGGGAAUAAAAUGUUGUUUCACAUAUUUGUAAAAGAAAAUGUAAAAUUCUCGCACAGGACUGUGUAUGUUUAAAAAAUUAAAUAAAGAUAUGUUUGAAAAGAAGAUAUUUGUAAGCGAGGUUGGAAAUGAGGACAUAUUUCACGCCUAAUAAAUAAACCAAAACGAUUAAGUUGGUGGAGUGCCUGUU